CCAUAGCUUCAGUAGAAGGAAUGAGCUCACAAACUGGGCAGGGAUCACCGCAGGUUGAAUCUCCACCGCCGACAAUGUAUCCGCUCGGUGCUGAAGUCUUUGGGCAAGGAAAUCGCUCAUUUCCCAGCAGCGGAUGUAUCCGCGGUACAGUUUUCGCCGGAUCGAAUUUCAUGGCAGAUGCGGAUUCGGUCGACGUGGCUUCCACCAAGGAUCUAGGACGCGACACUCGGAAGUGCGAAGUUGUUACGGAUGUCACUUUCCUUCGCAGAGAGAAUGUGGUGGAGAAAACUGUAGGCGGGUCAUACUCCCCCAGAAGGACAGAUUCUCUUGCGAGUCCUUGUGCAACUGGGUCUGAGGUGGAUAAGGGGCGGGUUGGCCUUUUUUCUGCCGGCCCCGGAUGUAUCCGCCAUCCAAGCGGGCGCGUCAGUGUGGAGCAGAAUGAGGACUUAACUGUCGGAAGCAUUUCGGCCAGUGACGGAUAUAUCCGCUCCUCGACGCAUCAACUCAGCAGCACCGACGACACUCUUGCCCUGGGUAUGGAAGACCCGGAGACUGCACCCUUUGACACACAUUACGGUGCUUCCGAGGGCGGUCAUGUCCCUAUGACAAAUGCACCGGAGGAACAUGCACGCGGGUCAUACAAGGGGCGCGGGCUGCGUGAUGGCGGUUCUUUCGCUGGUGCCGGAUGUAUUCGCCGUCUAGGGCUUCGUGUCAGUGCAGAGCAGAAGGAGGAGUUAGUUGUCAGACCCGUUUCCACCGGCGGCGGAUCUAUCUGCUCCUCCGCGCAUCGGCCACGUAGCACGGAUAACACCCUUGCCCUGGGUGUGGAAGACCAGGUGACUCCACCACCUGAUACACGUUGUGGCGGUUCCCAUGGCGGGUAUGUCUCGCAGUUAUGUUCAGGGUUUCCUGACAUACGGCCCUCCAAAAUCCAUAUGGUCACAGUCGUGUCGGGCGACUGCAAUGAGGACGAGGACGUCACCAUGCUCGAAGUGGAAGAGCUGUCUUUCCGUCGUCCGAUCAAAGAUGAUCUUGUCAAGACACUCUUCCACGAUUCCCCCGUUGUCAUCUCUCUCUUGACUCCUCAAGAUGAAGUUCUUGCCAUCCGUGGGAGUGGUGGGACAACUGGUCGUCCUGUAGAGUUGUGUCCCGACGCUCCGGAAAAAGUUGUUUGCCUCAUCGACGCGGACAUUAAGGACUUGUCCCGACUUCCAUCCCAGUUAGAUCGCAUUAUGGCAUCGGCGCAGACUGAAGAGUUCGUGCUGGGUCUAAGCGCGACAUGUCUGAGAAAAAACUUACCACAACCGAAAGUUUUAGACGAGAAGAAUACUAAGGAACAUCUCCGGCACGAAGCCGUGGCUGGUAAGCAGUGACAUGUGUUGCUCACAUUUGAUAUGUGUUGCUCACAUUUGGGUCUACGUAGUGUAUGAGCACUUGGAGUUAAUUCACUGACAUAAGU